GUUCACAAGCAAUUGAAGGAGGAGCAUUCAUUCGGUCAUCAAUUAAGUUGUACACACGAGGGAGGGAGGCAGAGAGGGGGAUGGCACGUCAAUCACAUACACAUACACACAUACGCGCACACAGCACAGCACAGCACACUCGCUGACGAAUUGCUGACGUCCAUCCGUCGUUUAAAACACUACAACCACACACACACACACCUUUGAGCGAGCAAGCUACCCGCAGCCAGCCGACGGUGCAAAAGCAAGAAGCAAAAGGGGAGAGGGCGAGAGAAACACAGCCUAUCAAGACACCUGUCUGCAACGACCAUUACCCAACACACAAACACACCACACAUGCCGCCAUCCAUAUGCCGAUGGUGUCACUUUGUCACAGGUCGAUAAGAGAGGAUGCGGGCUUGUCGGCUGCUCCCGCCGGCUGCUGGCUGCUGGGCUCGUCAAACGACAGCAAAUCCGCACUCAGUGGGGGUGGUGGGCCACCCUUCCCCUUGCCGCCCCCUCCGGCGGUCCGCUUCUUCUUAAUCUUUCUCCGCGCCCCGUCUGUGUGGUGCCUUUGCUCAGCCCGCCUCUCCGUCUCGUAGUCAUCACGCUCGUCACUGUCGUAGUCGCUCUCCUCCGACGCGCUGCUGUACCUCGCAUAGGUGGGCGGGAACGGCGCGGCUGACGAAGGCCGCCGAUCGUCGCCUUCGUCCCUCCCUCUCUCCCUCUCCCUCUCUCUGUCGUUGAGCCGCCCGUUGGCCCUCUCCCUCUCUCUGUCUCUGUCCCUCUCUCUGUCCAUAUCUCGUUUGGUCUGCGGUUCCUUCCUGGGUGGCGGAGGGCUCUUGCCCGAGAGGCUGAGGACAUCGUACCCCCCGGACGCCUCGUCAGAGUCGCUGUCCUGGCGGUACCUGUCGCUGUUGGUGGUCUUGCUCCGCUGCUGCCGUGUGUAGGGUUUGGGCGAUGGCGUGGGUUUGGUGGGGGAGAGGUGCUUGUUGGCCGUGUGGUUGGUGGCAUUGGCGAUGUCGCCUUCGUCGAGGUCGAGGAGGUCCUGCAUGCGCCGCGCGUGGCCGGGGGUGCUGCUGGGGCGGUGGCCGAUCGAUGAUGCCGCGGGGGAGGUCCCCACUGACACACACGGGACACCACACCAUUUGUGAGUGUGUGUGUGUGUGGCGGAUGUGUGUGGCCGCUGGAUUACGUGGGUUUCGCGCUCGGAUUUUGGCCACGCGCUUCUCCAGAGCCGCCAGCGUCUCGGGGGGCGGCUGAAGGAACCAACCAACGAAGAAGGAAAAAGAUCAUGUGCUGCAUUGCAUGCCCGCUGUCACGUGUGCUUGAGGGUCUCACCGCGUCGAGCACGGGAAUGGACUCUGAAGGAACCUUUGGCAGUGUCUUCAUGAAGCUGCAGAAGAUCAUGAGCCGGUCGGUCGUGUCGCACAGCAGCUUGUAACGCUCCAGCGCCUCCUGACGGAAAAACCACACCAUUGAUUGACAGACAGAUAAGGACAGAGGCAUGGUGUUUGUGUGUAUAGUGUGUGGCCGACCUCACCUCCACAAACUCGUCCUCAAGGCUGUCCAGGCGGUCUGCACGCAUAGACACACAGAGGGAGUGAUGGAGGGAGGGAUGGCACGUCCGCGCUGUCCCGAGUUAUCAUCCUCCGUGACGCACCUAGAAUCUCGAGCACGCCAUAAUUCAGCAACGUGUAGACCUCCAUGCACUCCUGUCGGACACGGAUAUCAAUGUCAUGCGUGCAGCUCAGACAGACGGUGUCUUGAUCAUUCAUUUGCCUCAAGGCACCCACAUACCCACCCACCUUGAAGAUGUAUCGGACACAGCACGACGUCAGGUCGCAGAACCCCGUUGGCACCAAAAACUGAGCGACACAGGAGAGAGAGGGGGGCCGUGACAUGCCAUCCAUCUCUCUCUCUCUCCCUCUCUCUGUCUCUGUGUGUGUGUGUAAACCUUUUUGUCUCUGUCCAUGAAGACGGAGAUGCAUUUGUCGAGGACUGACUGGAUGAAGACGACGUCCCGCACCAACUCGUCGCUGUCGAGGUCCUUGAACAUGCCAUCAGACACCUUCGUACCCUGAUGGAUGGAUAAAUGGAUGGACAGAUAGCCGGAUACACACCACACCACACCACACCACAGCACAGCACAGCACAGCACACCACGGCAGCAACGAUGAUCGAUGUCUUCCUCGCCACAAUAUGAUGGGUGCGUGUGGGGCUCACUCACUUUGCAGAGUUUGGAAGUUCGUUUGAGAAUGGCGUUUGUGAAGACCUCCAGGAAGCUCGAGUAACGCCGGAUGAGAUGGGCAUGGGUGUCAGCUGACACACACACACACACACAUACAUCCAGUGAGCGGACGUGUCCAUCUGUGUGUGUGUGUGUUUGCUGCUCUUGUGUCUUUCCUCACCCUGUGGCCCCCACGCAGCCUCUUGAAACGACUGACAGGCCUUGAACACAUCAAACUGAUCAACACAGCAAAAAAGAGAGCAAUGCUUGGGGCUGUGGGGUGGGUGGUGGUGUCUGUCUGUCCCCUGCGUGUCCUGUACGUCAGCGAGGAAGCUCUGCAGCCACUGUGGCGUUGUCUGGGGGCAGACGACGAUGUAAUGCAGCGCUAUCAACACCUUCAAUAUCACCUGAUGACCAAUGACAGUGAGGGACGGGGCGGAUGGCCACACACAACAGGGACAGCACACAUCGAUCACCCACACGAUAUGAGCCAGCCACCCCUGGUGCUCUUCUUCUCUUUCACCUUCCAUGUCCAAUUCUCCUGAAUGCGGUGUAGCAGCGCAUCUGUGACAAACACGCACACACGCACACACACACUGAUUGCACGUACACGAGUCAACACUCCCUCCCCUGUGGAAUCAUUUCUCACCGACGGCCUCGGCGGAGGUGGUGUCACGAUUGCCGCCCAGCAGCGUCUGCACCACAACUGACACCACCACACAACAGGCAGACCACAGACCACAGACCUCAGAUCAGCGAACACAGCCCGGGCCGGGCUGGUCUGGCUGCUCGUAUUGUGCGCGGUUGUACUUGUGAGGUUUUUCUCUUUGACUUCGCUUUCGUCGUCGAAUGUGGCCUUAAGGAGGGCCUUCUGGAAGGGCGAGGCGAAGAUGGUGGCGAAUUUCCUGUUGAGGUGAUCAACCGCACCUCGUACGCCGGCUGACAUAUUGAUCAGCAGCAAGACGGCCCUGGAGGUGGCCGACCCCGCACCAGCCUCGAACCUCUCCUUUUC